AAGUGAUAUUUAGUUAUAACAGAGACUAAACAAGAAAGAUGCUUACUGAAUAAGGUGGGAUCCAACAAGAGUGUAGUAUGGAAUGUAAUAACUUAUAAAUUACUUUUUUUCUGAGGGAGCUCAACAGAAUGACACCUAAGAAAGGCAAAGUCUUCGACACUUGGUACGUUUGUGAUUUUUGGCCAUCACUUGAAAAUUAAUAAAUCUGAAAUCACUAGUCUUAGAAAUGGAAGAAAGUGAUGACUCUGAUAAGCCUAUCUCAGCAUGUAGGCAAGAAAUUCGAAAGAGAAGACGACCCAGCCAACCAAUGGUAGACAAAUCCCAGCAAACUGAUGUAAUAGAGAAAAAGAAACACAUGCCCAUACCAAAAUCAUCUAGCCCCAAAGCUACCCAUCGUAUUGGUAAUACUUCUGAAAGCAAAGGCAACUACUCUGCCAAAGCCUAUGAGUCUAUUAGAGUAUCUUCUGAACUUCAGCGAACUUGGACAAAGAGAAAGCGUGGACAGGAAAUGACUAGUAAGUCUCUCCAGACAGACACCAUUGUAGAAGAGAAAAAAGAAGUCAAGUUAGUUGAGAAAACCGUGGUACCUGAAGAAAAGUCAGCUGACGUUAGAGAAGCAGCUAUUGAAUUGCCAGAGAGUGUUCAGGAAGUAGAAAUUCCACCAAACAUACCUUUAGUUCAACUAAAAAUGGACAGAUCUCAGCAGACCAGCCGUACAGAAUACUGGACCAUGAUGCACAUCCCCCAUGUGGAAAAAGUGGACAAGGAACAACAGACAUACUUUAGUGAAUCAGAAAUAGUGGUUAUUUCCAGGCCAGAUAGUUCUUUUACAAAGUCAAAGGAAGGUGCCCGGAAACGUAAAUCCUCAGGAAAGAUUUCUGCUAGUGAACAUCCUGAAUUUCAACCAGCAACAAGCAGCAAUGAAGAAAUUAAGCAGAAAAGCAUCAGCAGAACUUCAUUUACUCAGGAGACUAAAAAUGGUCCACCGGUACUUUUAGAAGAUGGGCUUAGGGAAGAAGUAACUACACCUGUUGUACAAGAAGGUUUUGCUGUUAAAAAAGUGGCUUCUGCUGAAAUAGAGCCUCCACCAACAGAAAAAUUCCCAGCUGAAAUACAGCCUCCAUUAGUUGAAGAGGCCACUGCUAAGGCAGAGCCCAGAUCCGAUGAAGAGACACAUGUCCAAGUACAGCCAUCAACUGAAGAGACUCCUGCUGCUGAGGCAGCCACUGCAGUUGCAGAGAAUUCUGUUAAAGUUCAGCCUCCAUCCGCUGAAGAGGCCCCAUUAGUGGAGUUUCCUGCUGAAAUUCUGCCUCCAUCAGCCGAAGAGUCCUCUUCAGAAGAGCCUCCUGCUGAAAUUCUGCCUCCAUCAGCUGAAAAGUCUCCUUCAGUAGAGCUUCCUGGUGAAAUUCAGUCUCCCUCAGCUGAAAAGGCUCCCAUUGAAGUACAGCCUUUACCAGCUGAGGGCGCCCUUGAAGAGGCCCCAGCUAAAGUAGAGCCUGCCACUGUUGAAGAGACCCUUGCUGAAGUUCAGCCUCUAUUACCUGAAGAGGCUCGGAGAGAAGAGGCUGGAGAACUUCAGCUUUCAACAGCUAUGGAGACCCCUGCAGAAGAGGCUCCUGCUGAAGUUCAGUCUCCAUUAGCUGAAGAGACCCCUGCAGAAGAGGCUUCUGCUGAAAUUCAGCUUCUAGCAGCUACAGAGGCUCCUGCAUAUGAAACUCCUGCUGAAACUCGAUCUCCACUAUCUGAGGAGACUUCUGCAGAAGAGGCGCCUACUGAAGUUCAAUUUCCAUCAGCUAAGGGAGUUUCUAUAGAAGAAGCCCCUCUUGAGCUUCAGCCUCCAUCAGGUGAAGAGACCACUGCAGAAGAGGCCUCUGCUGAAAUUCAGCUUCUAGAAGCUACAGAGGCUUCUGCAGAAGAGGCUCCUGCUGAAGUUCAGCCUCCACCAGCCGAGGAGGCCCCUGCUGAAGUUCAGCCUCCACCAGCCGAGGAGGCCCCUGCUGAAGUUCAGCCUCCACCAGCCGAGGAGGCCCCUGCUGAAGUUCAGCCUCCACCAGCUGACGAGGCCCCUGCUGAAGUUCAGCCUCCACAAGCUGACGAGGCCCCUGCUGAAGUUCAGCCUCCACCAGCCGAGGAGGCCCCUGCUGAUGUUCAGCCUCCACCAGCCGAGGAGGCCCCUGCUGAAGUUCAGCCUCCACCAGCCGAGGAGGCCCCUGCUGAAGUUCAGCCUCCACCAGCCGAGGAGGCCCCUGCUGAAGUUCAGCCUCCACCAGCUGAGGAGGCCCCUGCUGAAGUUCAGCCUCCACCAGCUGAGGAGUCCUCUGCUGAAGUUCAGCCUCCACCAGCUGACGAGGCCCCUGUUGAAGUUCAGCCUCCACCAGCUGAGGAGGCCCCUGCUGAUGUUCAGUCUCCACCAGCCGAGGAGGCCCCUGCUGAAGUUCAGCCUCCACCAGCCGAGGAGGCCCCUGCUGAAGUUCAGCCUCCACCAGCUGAGGAGGCCCCUGCUGAAGUUCAGCCUCCACCAGCUGAGGAGUCCUCUGCUGAAGUUCAGCCUCCACCAGCUGACGAGGCCCCUGUUGAAGUUCAGCCUCCACCAGCUGAGGAGGCCCCUGCUGAUGUUCAGCCUCCACCAGCUGAGGAGUCCUCUGCUGAAGUUCAGCCUCCACCAGCUGACGAGGCCCCUGUUGAAGUUCAGCCUCCACCAGCUGAGGAGUCCCCUGCUGAUGUUCAGUCUCCACAAGCUGAGGAGGCCCCUGCUGAUGUUCAGUCUCCACAAGCUGAGGAGGCCCCUGCUGAUGUUCAGCCUCCACCAGCCGACGAGGCCCCUGCUGAUGUUCAGCCUCCACCAGCCGACGAGGCCCCUGCUGAUGUUCAGCCUCCACCAGCCGAGGAGGCCCCUGCUGAUGUUCAGUCUCCACCAGCCGAGGAGGCCCCUGCUGAUGUUCAGUCUCCACCAGCCGAGGAGGCCCCUGCUGAUGUUCAGCCUCCACCAGCUGAGGAGGCCCCUGCUGAUGUUCAGCCUCCACCAGCUGAGGAGGCCCCUGCUGAUGUUCAGUCUCCACCAGCUGAGGAGACUCCUAUAGAAGAGACCCUUGUUGCAGUACACUCUCCCCCAGCUUAUGAGGUCCCUGUGGAAGAGGCCCCUGUUGACAAACAUUCCCCACCAGCUGAUUUGCUUCUGACUGACGAGUUUGCUAUACAAGAGGCCUCUGCUGAAGUUGCACCUCCACCAUCUGAACAAACCCCUGAAGAUGAGGUGCUGGUAGAGAAUGUGUCUACUGAAUUUCAGUCACCGCAGGCGGCAGGAAUUCCAGCAAUAAAUUUAGGAUCUGUUGUUUUGGAAGGUGAAGCAAAAUUUGAAGAUGUUUCAAAAAAAAUUCUGUCUAAUACCAAUGAUGGAUCUAAAGAUUUGUCUAAUACUAAUGAUGGACAGACUCCCACUCUUGAAAUAGAAGGUGUCUUUCAUAUACAAUUAAAAAAUCGUCCUCCUGAACUGUAGUCAGAUUGUACCUAAGCUAGCAAUCAGAAGCUACGUGGUUUUGGAAGAACAUACUUUAGAAAAGGGUGGGCAGCUGGAAGUAGCUUUGUCAAUAAGGCAAAUUAAAGUGAACCCCAAGAGUUGGAGUACAGGUUGGAAAAUGAACAAUAAAAACUGUAGCAGUAAAAAAUUA